UUGACACGUCACCACGGAAUGGAAUGACUCUACAGGCCGGGGCGUCAGCCUUUAUACAGUGUAACCCACCAGACUCGUACCCAGGCCUUUCCUUUAGCUGGUACAGAGACAGUCCUUCUAACAUCAUCGUCAACACCCACCGUGUGUUCAUCUCGGACAAGACGGGCGACCUGUACUUCUCGUACGUGACUGAGACGGACAGCGGGGACUACUACUGCCUGGUGCGGAACGUGAUGGACACGGCGCCCGACGACACAGACAUCUCCGUCCGGACCAGCCAACCCACCAAACUCACGGUCUCAAGUGGCGAUCCCAUAGAAAGUGCAGCAACCAUCGCUCUCAAUGCUGAAGACGAAGACGUACUGAAAGGAGGGACGGAGACGCUGAACUGUUUUGCCAAUGGAUACCCGCGGCCAGACAUCUACUGGUCACGUCUGGAUGACUUUGGGAACGAGGUCGCCCUCCCGAGACGAUCUCGUUUCCACAACUGGAACCACAUCUUCAUUCUCCCGGAUGUGACCGAAGAGGAUUCUGGGAUCUACAGGUGUACCGCAGAGAACAGUUUUGGGACCGCAGUCACCGAGGCGAACAUAAUAGUCAGAGCACCGCCCGUUAUUCAGCCGCUACCAGACCGGGACCUUGUUGAGGGGUCCAGCGUAAGCUGGACGUGUGAAGCCACAGGGUCUGAGCCUAUUACCUACACUUGGUACGGUAUCCAGCAAGACCCCUUGCAGACCGGCGGUCGUAUAGUGGUGGGAGCGAACACACUGACUAUCAAUGAUCUAAGGGCGAGUGAUCUUGGUCGCUAUCAAUGCGUGGCCCAAAACCAGUGGGGAUCCACGCAGUCGUCGGCGAAACUGCACAUUGGAGACGUGACCCCGGCCUGGCUGACGCCCAUCGGUACGUACUACGCCGUGCCUGGGUCUACCGUUACCAUGACAACGCGCUGGGAGGCCGACCCAGAACCCACCUUUAAGUGGACCAAAGAUGGACGUCCUAUCACAUCAGGGGGAAGGUACACGAUCACUCCCGAUGGGAACUUGGUCAUCGAUGGUGUCACCAGCGAAGACGAGGGAGAUUAUUGGUGCACCCUAGAGAACCGCUGGGGUACUGCAACGUCGAAUGGCAACCUUAUACUCACCGACCCUACCCGCCUGCCGGCUGGCCGCGGCCCCACGGACCUGACCCUUGACACAGGCACCACUGGGGUCAUCCCGUGUGACGCGACCUUUGACCCCCGGCUGGACCACCAGUACCUCUGGUACAGGAACGGACAGAAGAUCGACUUUGACCUUGAAAGUGAAAACUAUGAGCGGGUUGAAGGUGGUGGCCUCCGGAUUAAAAACGCAUACCUCGCCCAAGACGCGGUCUUUACCUGCUCAGCCGAAACACCUGUAGACAAGGAAGAGGGGACCUCCAACGUGAACGUCAUAGCCCCAAAUCACCCUCCUGUCGGUGUCGAGGCGACCAAUCUUGACACCACGACAGGAGACCUUCUCUGGCACCCGUCUAGUGAUAACGGGGCGCCGCCUAGCGAGUACUCCGUGGAAGCCAUGUCGAACCACGAGCCCGUCUGGAGAGAGGUGCAGAGAGGACCGAUAUCUGAGCUUCAAUCAGCACCAGACCCGGACACGCGUUCCCUCUUGAAACUCACGAACCUGUCACCCUGGACCUGCUACUACUUCCGGGUCAUGACCAUCAAUGACCUCGGCAUCAGCAGACCAAGUUCCCAGUCUAACAGAGCAUGCACCGGGAUAGCACUGUCUUAG